AUGCCGGAAAAGAGAAAACAGGAUAAUUAUGCGAAGCCGAAAAGCUUGGAUUCGACCGGAAUUUCAAUCGGAGGAACGAAUUGUAGAGCGGACUCCGAAUACAAGGAAAAGAUUGCUAGGAAUGAGAAGAAUAUCCAAUCCCAUCUUUCGAAUGCCAUGUUAGAAACAUCAAGAAAUAAAUCAUUACAAUUUGAGAAAAAUAAUGUUCAAAAACUUUCUUCAAUAAUGGAUCAUCCUAUUUACAAGUUCAAUGGCUCAACCACUCAAGCUUUGGAAGAAGAUGACAAUGUCUACAUUCUAGAUGCAUUAUUUAUGGAAAGUGUCAAGAUCCCAUUCGUGAAAAAAUUGCCACCAUAUACAGUUUGGAUCCCUUUAUCCAGAAAUAAAAAAAUGACGGAAGAUGACUCAAGUGCUAGAAGAAAAGAUGUAUUUUAUGAUCAUCGUCAAGGUGUAACAAUAAUAUGUAGUGAUAGUGAUGAAGAGUUUGAACAGGACGAGAAAGCUAAAUGCGCCUUUUCAGAAGGUGAAGACAAAUUUUUGAGGAUGGUAUUUGAAGAACAUGGUUUAGUUGAAGAGGUGUUGAGUAUUGUUAGCAAAGCAAUCGAGCACCCGAGUUCUGAAAUUCUGGAGAGGUAUAAAAUUUUAGAGGAAAAUGACCAAAGUUCUAUAUAUCAUGAAGAAAGUGAAUCUCACAUUGAGACAUUUUUGAACAAAAGUUUGAGCGAAACUUUAGAUGCUUUUGACCCUCUUUUAUGUCGUAAAUGCAUGAUCUUUAAUUGUUCUUUGCAUAGAAAUUCUCAAAAGAUAAUAUAUCCGUUAAGACCAAAAGGUGAACAAAAACCAUGUAGUGACCACUGUUACAUGGCUAAUUCAAUGGAAGGACAAGUUGAAGAAGAUUUGAGUGUUUCAAAUUGGAAACUUUUGGAGAAAGAAUUACACUCGAAGGGAGUAGAAAUGUUUGGGAGAAAUAGGCAUAAAAAACAGGUCAAACCUAAGAGGCUUAAAAAAUCUUCAAAGUCAGCAGGAGUUCCAUCUACGUUUAAAAAUAUGACUAAUGGGAAAGAAGCUAAUAUUCAAUAUACACCUUGUGAAUGUGAAGGUUUGUGUGGAAAGAAAUGUUCUUGUGUUAAUAAUGGAUUUUGUUGUGAAAAAUAUUGCGGGUGUUCUAAGCUAUGUAUGAAACGAUUUGGAGGGUGUCAUUGUCUUACGGGUCAAUGUAAAACUCGAAAAUGUCCAUGUUUUGCAGCAGAUCGAGAAUGUGACCCAGAUAUAUGUCGGAAUUGUUGGGUUAGUUGUGGAGACAAUUUAUUAGGAGAGUCAUUUAAUCGUGGAGAGAGUCAAUGUGAAAAUAUGAUAUUUCUUUUGAAGAAAAAACAAAAGGUUCUUUUGAGAAGGUAUAAUGUUGUUGGAUGGAGAGUUUUCUUAAAGAACCCUGUGAACAAAGAUGAGUUUAUAGGAGAGUACACUGGUGAAAUACUCACUCAUGAAGAAGGUGAUAUACGUGGAAAGUUAUAUGACAGUGCAGACUUUUCUUUUCAACUUGAAUCAUGAUGUAAGUGUUUCAAUCUUCAGUAUUGCCUUGAUGCUUAUCGCAAAGGAAACAAGUUAAAAUUCGCAAACCACUCAACAAAUCCCAAUUGCUAUGCAAAGCUUAUGUCUGUUGCUGGAGAUCCAAUGGGAAUAUUUGCAAAGAAACGCAUUGAAGCCGGUGAGGAGCUUUUCGUUGAUUACAACUAUGAUGAAAAACUUCAAAGCCAACGUUGGUUUCGUGAAUUUGUAGAUGAAGGUAAAUCCAAGAAACGUGAUCCAACAUUUUCUGAUAAAAAAACUAAGUUUCGUCGUUGA